AUGAUUGCUGCUGCCGCUGCUGCCGCCAGCGAGUUUUUCUUCAACCGUCACCCGGGGGUCUUCGCCUAUGUGCUCAAUUACUACCGCACCGGCAAGCUGCACUGCCCCGCCGACGUGUGCGGGCCGCUCUUCGAGGAGGAGCUGGCGUUUUGGGGCAUCGACGAGACCGACGUGGAGCCCUGCUGCUGGAUGACCUACCGCCAGCACCGCGACGCCGAGGAGCCCCGCGUCUGGGCGCUCUUCGAGGACCCCUACUCCUCGCGGGCCGCCAGGUUCAUCGCCUUUGCCUCUUUGUUCUUCAUCCUAGUUUCAAUCACAACCUUUUGCCUGGAAACACAUGAGGCUUUCAAUACUAUUAUAAACAAAACUGAGCAAGUUGUGAACGGGACAGAAGCUGUGCUACAGUAUGAAAUUGAGACAGAUCCUGCCCUGACGUAUGUGGAAGGGGUCUGCGUGGUGUGGUUUACAUUUGAAUUUUUAGUACGUGUUAUUUUUUCCCCCAACAAACUUGAAUUCAUCAAAAACCUCUUGAAUAUAAUUGACUUUGUGGCCAUAUUGCCCUUUUACCUAGAAGUGGGCCUGAGCGGGCUGUCCUCCAAAGCUGCUAAAGAUGUGCUUGGUUUCCUCAGGGUGGUAAGGUUUGUGAGGAUCCUGCGAAUCUUCAAGCUCACCCGGCACUUCGUGGGACUCAGGGUGCUGGGUCACACUCUGCGAGCCAGCACCAACGAAUUUUUGCUGCUGAUAAUAUUCCUGGCACUUGGUGUUUUGAUAUUUGCCACCAUGAUCUACUACGCAGAGCGGGUGGGAGCCCAGCCAAAUGACCCAUCAGCAAGUGAGCACACACAGUUCAAAAAUAUCCCUAUUGGCUUCUGGUGGGCUGUAGUCACCAUGACCACCCUGGGAUAUGGGGAUAUGUAUCCACGGACUUGGUCAGGCAUGCUAGUGGGAGCCCUGUGUGCUCUGGCAGGGGUGCUCACCAUAGCCAUGCCUGUGCCUGUGAUUGUCAACAAUUUUGGGAUGUACUACUCCCUGGCCAUGGCAAAGCAGAAACUGCCAAGGAAGCGGAAGAAGCACAUCCCCCCUGCUCCUCAAGCCAGCUCACCUACCUUCUGCAAGACAGACUUGAACAUGGGCUGCAAUAGCACACAGGGGGACAUCUGCCUGGGCAAGGACAACCAGCUGAUGGAACACAACAGAUCAUCAGUGUUAUCAGGUGAAGACAGUGCAGGAAGUGAGCAGCCACUCUCACCUGGUGAAAGGCUCCCUCCCAUCAGACGCUCUAGUACCAGAGACAAAAACAGAAGAGGGGGAACAUGUUUCCUACUGACAACAGGUGAUUACACGUGUGCUACUGAUGGAGGGAUCAGGAAAGAUAACUGCAAAGAGGUUGUCAUUACUGGUUACACGCAAGCAGAAGCCAGAUCUCUUUCUUAAUGGCUUGGGGAAGGCACAAAACAUGCAAGAAAGUGUUGUACAGAAUUUAUCAUGGAUUUUUGACUGCUGAAAAAGGGACAAUGGAAUUUAGCCAUACCAAGGACUGUACUGGAAAGAGACUGCUGCUGCUGAAUGGGCCCUGAUAAACAACUCAUGCCUUGAGGAGGUCGCUGAGACUUUACAUGGGAAGUAGAGCUUGUUAAAGAAGAUUAACGACUGCUUGUAAUUACUGCUGCCAGAGGAAGGGGUGACUAGUCACUGUUUAUGAGUCAGCUGUAAAUAAAAUGUAUGCAUGGAAUAUCAGUUUUUAUCUAUAUCAAGGAAAGCUGAAUUCAAGUCAUCAUUGCUAAGACUCCAUGCAAAGAUCCACACCCCUGUGUGUAUUAUUCCUGGUUCCUGCAGUAAAUUGUGCUGUGGAUCAUACAAAGACACACACUUAAUAACGAUAGUGAUGUAAAUGACAUCUGUCUUGACUUCUGUUAUAAUAAUUAUAUAUUUUGCAAAGGUCACAAAUAUGAACAGAGUAGGUUUGCAUAAGUCCUUGCUUUCUCAGUUUGCCAUGACCUAUAUUUGUAUGAAUUCUACUGUACAUGCCAAGUCUUAAGUUUACUUUUCACUUUGAU